UCUCUCUUAUAUAUUGAAAGCCAUCUCUCUUAAUUCAAUAAUUAAUUAAUUUAAUUUAUUAAUCAUAUAUUUAUAUCCACCUAAUUAAUUAUUAAUCAAUAAGUGCAAUGCAUGAAUUUAUAUGAUACCACGUUCGAAUGUGCUUACGACGUCGUCUCUAUAUUAUUGUCUAAUUCUUUGACUUUUUUACGUGACCCCAACUCUUAGCUCUUAUAUAUAAGCAAUCUUCACAACAUUCAUUAGCCAAACACAAUUAAAACCCUAAUUAAUACAUACAAUUUUAUAGUUUCUUCAUAAUAAUCACGAUGAAGAUUCAUUCUCUUGUGAUUCUUUUGAGCUUUCUUGUUCUUAGUCCUUGUGUUUUUGGUCAACUAACUCAAAAUUUCUACAAAAAUAGUUGCCCUAAAGCCGAACAGAUUAUUAAACAAGUUGUGAGAGAACGAUUUGCAAAAGACCGUUCCAUUACUGCAGGCUUACUUCGUUUGCAUUUCCACGAUUGCUUUGUUAGAGGUUGUGAUGCAUCCAUACUAAUCAACUCAACAUCGAAAAGACCCUCAGAAAAAACAGCAGGACCAAACCAAACUGUACGAGGGUAUGAGAUAAUCGAUGAGGCCAAGAGAAGGCUUGAAGCUGCAUGCCCUUCAAAAGUCUCAUGUGCUGACAUUAUUACCGUAGCCACUCGAGACUCAGUCGUUCUUGCUGGUGGACCAAACUAUGCUGUUCCAACAGGAAGAAGAGACGGACUUGUCUCAAACCCUAAUAAUGUCAACUUGCCUGGUCCAAGCCAGUCUGUUACAUCAGCUUUUCAAUCUUUCAAAGCGAAAGGGCUAACCCUAAAUGAAAUGGUGGUUCUUCUUGGUGCUCACACAGUUGGAUUCGCCCAUUGCAACUUCUUCUCUAGCCGACUUUCAAACUUUCAAGGGACCGGUAAGCCUGAUCCCACCAUGGAUCCUAAGUUGGUGUCCAAGUUGAGAGGUGUUUGCGCGAAAAACAAUAACCCAAAGACAUUUUUGGAUCAAAACACAAGUAACGUUUUCGAUAACGAGUUCUACCGUCAAAUACGUUUGAAGAGAGGGGUUCUAAAGAUUGACCAAGAACUUGCUUCAGACUCUACUUCUUCGCGUUUGGUUUCAACUUUGGCUAAGAAUCGGUUUCAAUUCUCUCAAAGUUUCGCAAAUGCUAUGAUUAAGAUGGGCAAAAUUGAAGUUCUUGUGGGAAAAGCUGGUGAGAUUAGGAAGAAGUGUGGAGCUUUCAACCCUCCCAAGAGUAAGGGUUCAUAAAGGAGUAAUUGAUUAAGUAUAUAAAGUCUAAGACUAAAGUCCACUCUCUAAGCUCUAAGAAGAGAAUAUUAGUCUCCUUCGGCCAAUUAAGCUCUCAAAAUAAGAAAACUCCUCAAAUAUUUAACAUUGAUUUUGGUCUUUUAUUUUUCUUUUUCGUGUUUUGCCAAAAAAAUAUUGUGUUUUAUACAACAAGUAAAUGUAUCAUUGAUGUAAUUGAGUUGUAUUGAUAACAACAUGAUUAUUACUAUACAUAAAAAUGAGCCAUUUAUAUAUACUACUAAU